GCGGCAUGUGAGCUCUGGUUAACGAAGUUUGUUUUCUCUGGUCGAUUUUUUCUUUGUAUUUCCUCUUGCGUUUCUCUUGUUGUGACAUGCUAAGAAUGAAAUUGUAAAUUUUUCAAUUAUCGUAAUUUUUAAAAAUUGAAUGAAAAACCAAAUAGGCAGGAAAUUUCAUUUGUUGUAACCUUCUUCGCAACACUGCAACCGGCCCCUUGGAAUACAAGAAAAACGGGAUAGUUAAAUAGGAUAAAGUCGAGAAUAAGGGAGUGCUUUCAGCUUUCUAGUUUCAAAUUUUCAACCGGCGAGAAUAGUUAAACUAGAGUUACCACUUGAAAAAUCGCGAUAGAAUAAAUUAAUCGUUCAAUUCUCAAACGUGCGCCCCGCGUGUGUUGUUCUGUCUUAUUUUCCUCUUGAACAAUCCGUAGCCGGAUAAGGAGAUGCCUCCGGAGACUUUAACAUUUUUUAUAUGUACAAUUUGAUUAUAAGUUUCAAUUAUAAAAAGUGAAUUUGAAAUUAUUCCAGUGCGUUAUUUAUUUGUAAAUAUUAAACUCACACAUGGAUCAGAGGAUAUCCUGGUUCAUGCCGGAACAGGAAGGCCCGGCGAUGAAAGACUGGAUGAGAAUAUGGGCCGCCUUCAAGGCCCUAGCAUCAAAGAACAAUAACAACAACAACAAUAACAACAGCAGCGAACAGCAGGAGAACAACAAGAACAGCAAGAACUUCUGGAAUCAGAAUUGGGCAUCGACAUACGGCCUGUCUUACAACAGGGAAUCCCUGAUAGGACAGUACGGCGGCUGUCCGUGGAUGCCAGAAGGCAAGGUUUAUGACGAGAGGCCGCUUGUGAGAUUGCACGAGGAGAUCCUUGAUUUUUAUGAGUACAUCUCCCCAACCCCUGAAGAGCACAAUAUGCGAAGUCAGGUGGUGAGCAACAUCGAAUCUUUGGUUCUUGAGCUGUGGCCUAGUGCUCGAGUUGAAGUUUUCGGCUCUUUCCGCUCUGGCCUCUAUUUACCGACGUCGGACAUCGACCUUGUUGUAAUCGGCGACUGGGAGACGCUUCCAUUUCGGACGCUUGAGAAAACACUUCUCGAGAAAAACAUCUGCACCCCUGAGAAUGUCAAAGUCCUUGAUAAAGCUACUGUCCCGAUUGUUAAGCUUACGGAUAAGUCGUCCUGUGUUAAAAUUGAUAUUUCAUUUAACAUGUCAAAUGGUGUACGUUCUGCAGAACUAAUUAAAGAAUUCAAGGCGAAAUACCCUGCACUCUCCAAGCUUGUACUCAUUCUGAAGCAGUUUCUGUUACAACGUGACCUUAAUGAAGUGUUUUAUGGUGGAAUAUCAUCUUAUAGCCUUAUACUCAUGUGUAUAAGCUUUCUGCAAUUACAUCCUCGUACUGAUGUACUCCAACCCGACUGCAACCUUGGGGUGCUGUUGAUUGAAUUCUUUGAGCUGUAUGGUCGCCGUUUCAAUUAUAUUAUGACUGCAAUACGCAUAAAGAAUGGAGGCACUUACGUGUCAAAAGAGGAGAUUCAGAAAGAUUUAAAAGGUGGUCACCGUCCAUCAAUAUUGUGUAUUGAGGACCCUCUCACACCUGGAAAUGACAUCGGCCGUGGUUCCUAUGGUGCACUUCAGGUCAAACAGACAUUUGAGUAUGCCUACAUCACACUCACACAAGUCAUGAACCCCCUAAAUGGCUGUUUCCUUAAUGAGGGAGAGAGCAUAUUGGGCCGGAUAAUACGAAUCAGGGACCGUGUCGUUACCUACAGAGAAUGGGUGAGGCAAACCUUCCCUGUAAAAUCUUGUGGGGCUUCUUCCUCGUCUUCAAGCCAUCUCAGUGUUUCGUCCUUUGGUUCUAGUGAUGAUUCUGAGGGGGAUGGGAGUGAUACCAUCACACCUACUGGGAGUGCUCUACUUGAGAAACUUUUCCACAGGGCAAGAAUGACAAACAGGCCAUAUAAGUCACCAGAAUGUUCCAUGACAAACUCUUUGCAGGUACUUCAAGAGGUCAUGGAGGAUCCAGAGGCCAUGGGGGAAUCGCAACUGGGAACGGAAGCGCAGCAGGAACGCCUUCCGGAUCGACUCACCGCCCGACAAAACUCUAUUCCAGCCAAACAGGAUUCAAGCGGCAAUUUAACAGUUCCUCUGGCGCCGGCAGUAUCCUCCACGACAAAAACGCUCAGCAAAGAAGAAAAAAUUGAAUGAGAGUUUCAGAAAAAACAAUUUGAUCGACAGAUCUUUUUAAAACUCUUCCUCUUGGACUUUGUGUACAGCUUUUGUUUUUGUUUUGUUUUUAAUGUACAGAGUCUUAUAUACAAUGUAAUGUAUGUAAUGUAUUUUUUAGACAAAAACAACGUAUUUUCUAAUUGUUGUUGAAAAAAACUAAAACGA